UGAGCGCAUUGGCUGCGUGGCGGAGCACCUCAUCAAUAAGAGCUGGCACGGGCGGUGCGCUCCGCCAGAAUCAGCUUGCAAACCGGCGGAGGAAUCAGAGAGACCUCCUCACCCAGCAGUCCAGACUGCAGAGAGUGAAGCAGCAGCAGCAGCAUCUACCACCCCCCUUCAGAGGUCUCGAGCCCCCCCCAAGCCCCUCUGCAGGUGUCUUCCCCGCACACUCUCUCUCUCUCUCUCUCGCACGCACACACACGCAAGCAAGCAAGUCGGCAUGGACGUCUUCAAGAAAGGCUUUUCCAUCGCCAAGGAGGGGGUGGUGGCAGCAGCAGAAAAGACCAAGCAGGGAGUGACGGAAGCGGCAGAAAAGACCAAGGAAGGAGUCCUUUAUGUAGCGGACAAAACCAAAGAGGGAGUUGUGCAGAGCGUCACUUCAGUUGCGGAAAAGACCAAAGAGCAGGCCAAUCUGGUGGGCGAAUCUGUGGUAUCCAGCGUCAACACGGUGGCAAAACAGACUGUAGAAGGAGCAGAGACUGUUGUAGCCAGCACUGGGGUUGUUAAAAGGGAGGAUUUGGAGCACCCCGAGCAUCCUGGGGAGGCACGUGCUGCCGCCGAAGACGAUGCCCCAGUGGAAGCCACAGAAGCCAGUGCCGAGGUAAAGCACAGUCACAGCCCAGCUAACCCGAGAAUCCUUGGCUGGUCUGGGGUUGUUCUCGCCAUCUAUUGUUCUUUCCUUACUUUCUCUGUGCUGAGCUGGUUUCCAUUUCUUUUCUGCAUACAGGGUGAAAAUGAAGGCAAUUAACCCUCCUCGGGUCUUCUAGUGUGAAAAACUGAGACUCCUGGGAAUAAAUACAGAAAUGGUAGCUGGCACCAGAGCAGGGAAAUCACCCACAGCCUAGGCUAACUUCAUUCAGCACUCCAGUCUUUUUCAGUUGCCUCAUUACCGACACAUCCUAGAUGUCUGGCAGACUCCCAGUCACGUGUUGUAGGGUAACUGUGCGCUGCGCACCUUGUGUCCCUCCCUUGCCAUCCGCUGUUGUGGCUUCCACCCUUGCCCCUCUUCAAGCCUUCCGAGAGUGCCACGUUGGUAGCUGCGGUUUGGCGCAGCUGUGGUCGGAAUCGCUGGUUAAUGUCUUCUGCCCGUUAGCAUCAGCACUCA